AAAGAGAGAGAGAUAAGGGAUCGAGAUCCGUAAAAGAGAGUAUCAGAUAUUCUGGUGUUUGUCAGAUUAUCUCCUGAAUGAGUUUCAGGUAACAAGAGAGUGAAAGAAACGAAAAAAAAGAGAAACAUAUUCAAAAUGGUAAAGAGAUCCUCUCUUAGAGAGGAGAAGACAGAAUUGAUGAUGGAGCUUCGAAUGACCAAUCCACAGACUGGACUAAUGUCGGGAACCACAACAACCACAACCACAACCACAACAACAACAACAACAACAACAAAUAUAACCAGUAACAACUCCAACACUAAUGGUAGACCUGAUUAUGGUAAAUCAUCACCUACAACAGUAAUUAAGUGUCAAACAACAACAACAACAUCUAAUAGUGAAGGUAUUGGUGUUAAAGGUGAUUUUGGUGAUGGUGAUUACGGAGAUGGUGAUAUUGGCAAUGUUGGUGUCGGUGGAGGAGGAGGUGGAGGUGUUGGUGGUGUUGGUGGUGAUAAUGCAACAACCUCAUCUUUAUUAUUACAACGUGAAGCUGAUCUGUCAAUCGAUCAAAGUGGACUUCAACGUUAUCUACCCCAUUGUGUUCAAUUUGCAUUCGCUGAUAAAGGUGCUGAAGGAUUGUACCGAGAAUAUUAUGCCAACGAGAAGAGAACUGAUUUUACCACCUUACUUUCAAUUACUUUAAUUGUUAAUAUAUUAAUUUUCACCCUUUAUUCUCUCUCAUAUACACCAGCCAAAUUACCACAGUUAAUUGUUCUAUUAUCAACCCUGGUAAUAACUUGCCUAAUCUAUUUAUGGACAUGUAAAUGGGGAAUACAAAGUAAACCCAAUACAACAAUUAACUAUUAUUCAACAUCAUCAUCAUCAUAUUGUUCAUCAGUAACAACCAAACCAGAUCAUCAACAUCAUCACCAUCAUUCUCAUCGUAAUUCUCAUAAUAAUAAGCAAAAUUAUCGUCGUUCACACCAUAAUCGUCAUCAUAAUAACACUUCAACAUCAGGUUCACCCUCAUCUAGAUCAUCUUCAUCUUCCUCAUCAAUAUCAACCUCUUCCCAUUCAUUGUCCAAAAAAUAUUAUCACCAUGAAAAUGAUGGAGGCGGAAAAGGUGACGCUGGUCAGCAACUCAUGUGGACAUUAGUACCAUUUAUAGUUUGGCUUAUUUUCAUAGCUCAUAUUUUCUGUGAUGUUACCCUUUUCUCCCAACCAAGGGAGCCAAGUGAUUCUCUUGCAUUUCUCCUUCUUUACACCUUCUCAAUCUAUGUAAUUUAUCCUCUUCGAUUGACAAUUGUAUGUAUUCUUUCAAUAGCAAUGGCAACUUUACAUACAAUUCCACUUUUAAUAUCAUCAUUUUCAUCAUCAUCAACAACAACAACAACAUCAUCUUCUAAUACGGAUAACUUAUUAUACUACCAGAUUGGAGCUAAUAUAAUGUUGAUUGUUGGCAUUAAUUUAUUGGGUUUAAUGUCUUUCUUUUUCUAUGAGCGUCAACAACGUCGAGCAUUUCUUGAGACUUGUCAAUCGUUGGAGGUUAAACUUGUCCUCGAAGAGGAAUCAGCUGAACAGGAGAGACUUUUACUUUCCGUGUUACCCAAACACGUUGCCGCUGAGAUACGUCAAGAUCUUGGAUCAAUGGUCACUGGUCAAUUUAAAAAGAUUUACAUGUCACGUCAUGAAAAUGUUUCAAUUCUGUUUGCAGAUAUCGUCGGAUUUACGGCGAUAAGUUCAACAUGUUCCGCUGCCGAAUUGGUUAAAACUUUGAAUGAACUUUUUGCUCGAUUUGAUAAGUUAUCAGAUAAAUAUCAUCAGUUGAGAAUUAAAAUUUUAGGUGAUUGUUAUUAUUGUAUAUCUGGUGCACCAGAACAACGGCCUGACCAUGCUGUACUCUGCGUUCACAUGGGACUAUCAAUGGUCGAGGCAAUUAAAUCAGUUCGAGAGGAGACAAAAUCUUCCGUUGAUAUGAGAGUGGGAAUUCACACCGGUGGAGUUCUAGCCGGUGUUCUAGGUCAAAAACAGUGGCAAUUUGAUGUUUACUCACGAGAUGUUGAACUGGCCAACAAGAUGGAAUCAGGUGGACUUCCGGGUCGAGUUCAUAUCUCCGAGCGGACUUUAUCCUUUCUCAACGGUGAAUUUGAAAUCUCCAACGGAGAUGGAGCCUCUAGAGAAGAGGCCAUUAGACUGGCCAAUAUAUCAACAUAUUUUAUCGUAAGAGUAAUUAAACCAUAUCCUGAAGGUACUUUGGAUGCAAAUCAAUCACCAUCAAUGGUGAAACUUAAAGGUGAUAAUCUAUCUCAUAAAACGAUCGGAGGAGGAGGAGGUGGAAACGAUAUCGAAGAGGGUAAUCAACUUCGAGAAUGUAUAAUUGGCUCUGGUGGGGAGAUAAAAAAUGUCGCUGAAUAUAAUGCUCGCCUUCGCCAUGAACUUUUAAACCGAGACAAUGCUCACAAUUUAUCUGAUCACAGUUAUCCAAUAAGCCUUACCUUUCGUAAUCCAGCCUAUGAGUCACAAUUUCUCAAUACCCGUGAAAUAACCGGAAGCAUAUCACUUGUCUCAUUGCCUUGUACACUUGCCUGUUCCUUCAUGAGUUACCUUUUAAUUGGUCCAACAACAUUAACCCUUUUCCUGGUUUAUGCUCUUUCGGUGACCAUAUUAGCUUUAACCUCAAUCGCUUCCAUGUCAACAAUUAUAUGCAAAUCAUGUCCGAAGCCUCUAUUAGCUUUAUCUAAAUCUGUUCAAGCCAAAUCAUGGAUUCGUUUGGUAAUCGCCUCAUCCAUGAUAAUUGUUUGGAUAGUUGCUCAUAUCAUUGCCAAUAUAAGUUGUUAUACUGAUUAUCGUAAUGGUGACAAGAACAUUAUCAUCAUGGAUGAUCCAGAAUCAUUAUCAUCUUCUUCAUCAUCUUUUCCAUCCUCAAUCUCUGAUCUUCCGGCGGAAAUAAAUAUUCCUCCCACCGAAUCAUCUUUAUCACUUAAAUCACAUUGUAUUCCCCAUUAUUUAGUAUUCUUUGCAAUCCUUGGUAUGCUUGCAAUCAGUUCACUCCAAAGGAUAUCUCAUGUUUUCAAAAUGACCUUAAUACUGACCCUUGGAGCCCUUCAGAUAGCCUUUAAUUAUUCCCUAUUGUAUCAUCAUUUUGAAGAUACACCUAAAAUCAUAGCAUCCUCAUCCUUAACAACAAUUAAACCUAAUGAACCAUCCAACUUAUCACCAGCAAUAACUUCAACCUUAUCUAGUAAUUUACUGAUUCAAUCGUCUUCAGGAUCAUCAGCAUCAACAACAGCAACAACACCUUCAUCACCAUCAUCUUCAUCAUGGCUCAGUCAAUCAUCAACCUUAUCAAUAGUUACGUUAAUUGUUGCAAUUGCACUUUACUUGAUUAAUCGUAAUUGUGAUUCAAUGGCUCGUCGUCUUUUCCUAUGGCAAAAAGAGGUUGAUGAGCAGAAGAAAAAAGUUGAAGAUAUGAGACAAAAAAACGAAGCUCUAGUUUAUAAUAUUCUUCCCCCUCAUGUGGCCAUUCACUUUUUGGGUCGACGGAAACGAGAUGAAGAACUUUACUCAAAAUCUUACGAAUCGGUCGGAGUACUUUUCGCGGCGAUGCCCAAUUUUUCCGAUUUUUAUACAGAAGAAUCGGUCAACAAUCAAGGGUUAGAAUGUCUUCGUUUUCUUAACGAGGUCAUCUCUGAUUACGAUGCUCUACUUGAACAAGAUCGUUUUCGUGAUAUAAUUAAAAUAAAGACCAUCGGGGCCACUUACAUGGCCGCGUCGGGUUUAAAUGAAGAGGAACGAGAUGAGGCCAAAAAUUGGCAGCAUUUAGCAACUCUAACUGAUUUUGCUCUAACACUUAAGGAAACACUUAAUAAUAUAAAUAGAGAAAGUUUUAAUAAUUUUGUUCUUAGAAUGGGUAUUAAUCAAGGACCAAUAACUGCCGGGGUAAUUGGAGCACGAAAACCUCACUUUGAUAUGUGGGGUAACACUGUCAAUGUCGCUAGUCGUAUGGAGAGCACAGGUAAAGCUGGUUGUAUCCAGGUUGUUGAAGAAACUGCCAAAAUAUUACAAGAAUUUGGAUUCAUAUUUGAACAACGAGGCUUAGUUUCUGUUAAAGGAAAAGGUAAAUUGAUGACCUACUAUUUGAUUGGGAAAAAGUGAUCAUUACCUUCAUCUUCAUCUUCAUCAUCUCCAUCAUCAUCAUCAUCUUUAUCUUCAUCAUGUUUAUUGUCAUCUUCACUUUCAUGAUCAACUAAAAUUGUCAAGGAUUGAACAUCAUUCAGAUAAAAAUGAUUUUGUUUUAAUAACCAUCGUUUCUCAUCAUUAAUUUGACAUCAAUUCAACGGUCAUCAUCAUCAUCAUCAUCAUCUCUCUCUCUCUCUCACUUUGUCAUCCUCAUCCUCAUCUUCACCUUGACAUCUUCAAAUACAAAAACAAUGCACUAGUUGAAUGAAAAAUUGUUUUUUCUUCCAAUUUUUUUGCGCUUCGCUUGUUUAAAUUACGACAAACAAAAUGUUAUUGAUUAUUAAUUAUAAUUAAUUGAAACUAUUAUUAAUUGUUCCAAUCAAGAAAACAAUGUAAAUAUAAAUAAUUAAUCCAUAACAUUAUCAAACAUGUAUUAAUGAUAUGAUAAAAUAUAUAAUAUUAUUGAAUUGUUGA